AUGUCCGCCGCCGCGCCCGACGUCGACGUCGACGCCGACGUCGACGACGACGACGGCGGCGACAUCCCGCGUCCACCGCGCGCGCCCGACGGCGCGGCGUCCACCGCGCGCGACGACGCGCGCGAUGACGACGCCGACGACCAAAGACUCGGCCUGCUCGACGCCGCGACGCCGCGCGGCGAAUUCGUCGUCGUCGCCCUCGACGCGCCGAACGACGACGGCGACGGCGACGGCGACGAUGCGCGUCGACGAACGUACACCGCGAACGAGGCGCUCGAUCACGUGGGAUUCGGGAAGUUUCAAAUCCACGCGCUGUGCUUCGUCGGUUUCGCGUGGGCGGCGGACGCGAUGGAGAUGAUGCUGCUCAGUUUCAUCGGACCCGCGAUGCGAUGCGAAUUCGGGGUGUCGAGCGACGCGGAAGGCGCGCUGACGAGCGUGGUGUUCGUGGGAAUGGCUCUCGGGGCGCCGGCGUGGGGAGUGGUGAGCGACGCGCGCGGUCGGAAGCCGGCGCUGCUGUUCAGCUCGACGACGACGCUCGCGGCGGGGAUCGGAAGCGCGCUGGGCGGGAGCUUCGGGAGCGUGUUGUUCUUUAGAUGCCUCGUGGGCGUUGGUUUGGGUGGGGUACCCGUGGCGUACGGGUUGUUCAUGGAGUUUUUACCGAGGGAAAAUCGCGGCGCGCGCUUGUCGUACAUUGAGGCGUUUUGGACGCUGGGAUCGAUGUUGGAGUCCGCGCUGGCGUGGAUCGUGCUUCCGCGGCAUUCGUGGCGAGUUUUACUGUUGAUUUCAGCGGCGCCGUUGCUUGGAUUGAUCGCAUGCAUCUUUAUCGUCCCGGAGAGCGUCUUGUACUCGGUAAACGCCGGUCGAAUGGAGGAGGCGAAGGAGACGUUGCGUCGCGUCGCGGCGACGAAUGGUAAAUCUCUACCGCAGGGCGAGCUCGUGGGGCCGAACGAUCGCGCGUCAUCGAGUGGCGAGUUCGAAGAUCGUACUUCGUAUGGCAUGGGCGCGUCGGGAGCGUCGUCUUCUACGAUGAUGCAAAGGUUCGUUCCGAGCGGCGUUCGCGCGUUGCUGUCCAAGAAGCACGCGAAGACGUCUCUCUUGGUUUGGGUGAUUUUCUUCGGUGUGGCGUUUUUGUACUACGGCAUUGUCCUUCUCACAACGUCACUCAACGUGCGCGACGACGAGUCCAAGCGUGGGGGAGAGUUGGCGUGUCUAGCGCACGGUGCGCCACAUUUGAGCGACGGCGAGUACGCCGACAUCUUUCUCAGCUCGUUCGGCGAAAUUCCAGGCUUGAUCGUCGCGAUUAUGAUCGUCGACAAGAUCGGUCGCAGGCGCUCGAUGGCGUUCACCGUGAUUGCCACCGCUGUGUUCUUGCUCCCCGUGGCUUCAUCGAGCAUAAGUAAGGCGGUUCGUGACAUCAUGCUCUUCGGUGGAAGAAGCGCCGCGUUCGCGGCGUUCACCGUCUUGUACAUAUUCGCCGGCGAAGUCUAUCCGACGUCGAUCCGUUCGACCGGUGUCGGCCUCGGAAACGGGUUCGCGCGCAUCGGUGGAAUAACAUGCCCGAUAUUCGCUGUGACUUUGAUUGAGUCCGGACAUCUGACGCUCUCCGUCGUCGUCUUCAUCGCCGUCGCCGCCGUCGCGUGCGCCGCCGCGCUCUCGCUCGCCGUCGAAACCGCCGGUCGCGAGCUCGACGCCGACGACGAGCCGGGCGUCGAGCUCGCCCCAGUGGCCUAA